GUGUGAGGAAGACAAGUCUUCUGCUGGUCAUCUGUCUGGACUCCACAACCACCGAGUCAGCCGGCCAUUAAUCCGGAUUCUAACCUGCUGCUACCAAGUUCCUAACCAUGAGGACAAACGUAUGGAUUUACCAAGCUGUGGUGUGUGUUGUGGUCACUAUAUUGGAUACAGGUUUUUGUAGAAAGAAUCAUCACUCAUUACAGAAGUAUGAGAAGAGUGAGAAUCACAUGCUGGUUUGCACAGACUGCCCUCAGCCCCCUUUGGUACGAACCAGCCGAUCGCAUGAACAAUGCGCCCGCAAGUGCAAGAAAGUCAAGAAAAACUUUAACUGCAGAGCUUUCAACUUUCAACGACACAACAGGAAAUGCCACUUGCUUCCUUUUGACCGUUUCACCCACGGUGUGCAGAAGCAGGCCAACGUCAACUUUACUCUGUAUGAAAAAAAAGAUUAUAUUAGGGAGUGUAUCGUCGGCACCAAGGACAACUACAGGGGGAGGAGGUCUUGGACAAAGUCAAACAUUACUUGCCAAGCUUGGUCGGAUAAUAACAUCAAUGAACACACGUUUUAUCCAGAUAGGUACCCAACGGAAGACCUGAGGGAGAACUUCUGUCGGAAUCCCAAAAACGAUCCUGGUGGUCCGUGGUGCUACACCACAGACCCCAACGUACGAUCCGAGGAGUGUGGAAUACCACAGUGCUCAGAGGAAGUCUGUAUGACGUGUAAUGGGGAAGAUUAUCAGGGCAAAAUGGACCAUACAGAGAGUGGCAAGGAGUGCCAGAGAUGGGACUCAACAAGGCCUCACAAACACAACUUCCAGCCCAAAAAGUAUCGGCAAAAAGAUUUAAAGGACAACUACUGUCGUAACCCAGAUAAUCGUCUCCGUCCCUGGUGCUACACCAUGGAUCCCAAAACUCCGUGGGAGUACUGCAACAUCACUGUGUGUGAUUCCGACUCAAGUGAGGACACAGAUGUCAAUGUAACAACAUCCUGUGUCCAGGGAAAGGGUACAGAUUACCGAGGCACAAUGAAUGUCACUCCAGAGGGUGUGACAUGUCAGCGCUGGGACUCCCAGUUUCCCCAUAACCACUCCUUUCUUCCUAAGAACUUCAAAUGCAAUAUGUGUAUGUGUUAUAGAGACCUCAGAGAGAACUACUGCCGUAACCCUGAUGGUGCAGGUUACCCAUGGUGCUUCACCACAGACCCCAACCAGAGGAUAGCCAACUGCACCCACAUCCCCAGGUGUGAUGCUGAGGCCGAGCAAAAAAUAGAGUGUUAUGAAGACAACGGAGAGUCGUACCGGGGCACUUUAUCCAUAACUCGAUCGGGGAUUCCCUGUGCAGAUUGGUCACAUCACAUAAACAGUGGGGAUUCUCACUCUACAGAGUCCCAUGUAGGGCUGGAGAAGAACUACUGCCGGAACCCGGACCGGGACAAACAUGGCCCCUGGUGUUACACCAAUCCAAAUAAUCGUUUGGCCUGGGACUACUGCAAACUGAAACACUGUGAAUCGGUGACAGUGACUCCUCAACCUAAAACUCUAACCGGGCCCAAGAUAUCAUGCUUUGUGCAUAUAAACACCAGAAUUGUUGGAGGACACCAAGUGCGAGGAACAGAUGGCAGCUGGGUUGUGAGCAUCCAAAGAGAGAAGCUUCAUGUGUGCGGAGGCUCGUUGAUCAGAGAAGAUUGGGUUUUGACCGACCAACAGUGCUUCACCUCUUGUGUUCCAGAUCUUAAGGAUUACAGUGUGCAGGUUGGUCUGCGCCACCUCAAUGAAUCCUCAAGCCACCCGAGACUACGCAUCUCUCGCCUGAUCUGCGGCCCAGAGGGAUCCAACUUAGUUAUGCUGAAACUAGAAGAUCCCGCCCCUGUGUCCGAAGGUGCCUCCACUAUUCAUCUUCCAGUAAAAGAGUGUCACAUCCCCGAGGGCACCAACUGCACCAUGUACGGAUGGGGGGAAACCAAAAACACAGGAUACGAUGAGGCGCUGAACGCUUUGACCAUGCCCAUGGUCAACAACGACAUGUGCUCACAAAUCAAAGGCGACGCUGGGGAAAGCAGAAUAUGUGCCGGUGGCAAGAGAGGAGAAGGCGUUUGUGAUAAAGACAAUGGUGGUCCGUUGGUUUGCCAGGAGCACGAACGCAAAGUGAUCGUCGGCGUGAGCAUCCAAAGGACAAAAUGCGCCUCAUCGCAGCCUGCGCUUUUUGUUAAUGUCGCUUUCUACUCUGAGUGGAUAUACAAAGUGUUCAAACUUUACCCCAGUUUGGAGAGGAACUAAUGUUGUGGUGUGAAAAUCAAAAUCCUAAUGCACGACUUUACCGCAGCCUGGGAGAGGAGGGGGCGGCUUCGGGCCAACGGAUUCCAAGACCUCUCCAGCACGGAGCACGGGGGAGAAAUGAGGAAAAUCACCUUUCGGAAAGAGGCCAUUUUGGGAUUUUGUGGAUGAAUUUGUCAUUUUUUUUACGGAGAUGACAGAGAUUAGUGAUUGAAGACUGGAAUAAGGAAUGGAAUGUCAUCCGUUCUUCCACUUAUAAAUGAAGACAUCCCGGUUGUUAGCCUUAAUAUCAUUUUUACAACCAAAGUCUUGGGCACAUGGACGGCAUACUUAUUGCAUUUUGACAUGUUCAGAAUUUCUGAAGCCAUCCAAAGAAAGACAAUGAGAAAGACUCAGUAUUAUCUCCUGGAAUAUACUUGAAUAUGGACAGAACCCAGUUGUUUGGAGGUAAACCACACAAGGCGCUCUCCUGUGACUGGGACUUGUUAUUUUUAUUAUUUUGUUUCAUUUUUUGAAUAUGUUGAGCUGGACUGCAAAACAUAUCUUAUUACAUCCAACACAAAUGAUGUGGAUGGAUAAUUGUGAUGUGCCUUAAUGUCAACAAAUAUACUAAUCUGGUCAUAAAUUUGAGGGUAAGCUAAAAAUAUCACAGCAAAAAUUAUAAAUAUCUUUAAGGUUUCUUAAAUAAUCCCACAAAAACCUAUGCUAAUACCAAAAAGGGAGGAAAUUAUAAGCAUGAAAAUGUCAUUAAACCGUUCUUCAAACCCUAGAAGUCCUAAAGAAAAGCAUUUAUGUCCAGCAAAGGUUUAAAUUUGGCUUCAGAUCGACAAGUAUAUAUAAUACAUUAUUGCUGCUUGGAAAGCUAACUGCAGCAGCCUUGGCAACCAUGCAGUGCUAAUUGUGUGCAGUAGCUGGACUACCUUUUCCCCAGUUAGCUGUAACUGUUAGAUUCCCCGUGAGAGGGUCUAAGUAGGACUGAGCGAUCUGCUCCAAAAAUCUUAUGCUAAUAUUUGUAGCAUGAGAGAGAGAAGAGCCAUGCCAAAUAUAACAUGGCUAUUUGGUCUCCAGUUUGGAGGGAACUUUGGCCCCUGGUGGGCUGUGUGUGGUCAGUAGGAUAUUUUAUACUUUUUUUUGUUUCAUGGAAAGUGACUCCUUCUGUACAUAACUGCAGAUUUAUUGAGUGUGUUUCUGCUGUGCUGUAAGAUAUUAUAGGUCUUAUAGAUCUGGAAUAUUUUUUGGUUCACUGAGUUAUGUCAGAUUGUCUUCUUCGUGCCUCUGAUUAUGUUUGAUAUUUAAAGAGACUGGUAGCUUGUAAGUAGAUGUUAGGUGUAUUUAUUUUUUUUGAAUUAGCAGAAGACAUCAUUUGGAAAGAAUCCAGAUUUUGAUGUGAUAUUAAGAUUGUUUUGUCUUUGUCCUGAGAGUGAUUUUGAUCCCAGAAUAACCCGGAUGCAUGUUUAACUCACAGGUAAUAUCCACACAAACAUAAAAUGAAAAGUUACAGUACAGAAUCAUAUGGUGUAACAUCUUAAUUCAAGAAGGCCUGUUGCAGGUUAAAUAAUGUAUACUCCACUAAAAAGUUAAAAGUGCAUUUAGUAAAUUGAUACUAGUUAAUGCCAUUUACUGUGUAUAUAUACACAAACAUAAAUGCACAUGCACAAACUCAAAUAUGCGUCAUGACUAUAUCAUAGAAAUGUACCUUACGCUUGCCAAAUACGCACCAAAUUGGGCCAGGGUUGUAAAAUGGUGCAAUUUGGUGUAACCAGCCUGUAAAAAAAAAAAAAUGCAUCAAGUUUCUUGCUAUUAGCAUUGCCAAAAUAAAGCCAAAUAAGUGAACCAAAGGAGUAGAUGAUAGCAAAGGAGUGCCUUAUCAUUUUUUCCGAAUAAGCAAAAAUAUGCAAAUAGCCAGAGGAUGCCAGCAGGCCUAAAUGCCUUAAAUGAUGCCAAAAUUCUCCACUCAUUUAGCAUUAAAAAAUGUGUAUUUUACUGAUAUUUGUGUGGUUUCUAUGCAAAAGUUAAACAGUGUAUUCUAUUCUCAGCUCUAAGAUGACUCUUUUGAUUAUCACGUUUAAAAUGGUACAUAGCAAUAAAGGACCAAAUGUUAAAGGCAUACUAUGCAGGAAUUGUUGCUUACUGUUUGUAAACAUUCAAACGUGGCCUUUCCUCCCUGGCUCAGCGAAAAUUCAAUUCAAAUUCAAAUGACUUUAUUUAUCCCAGAGCAAGCAAACCUGCUUGCUGUUUCGCCGCGCUAUAUAUGUGUUUUUUGUUUGUUUGUUUUGUUACGUUUUCUUGAUGCUGUGUCAGCUAAUUUCAUAGCUUCAUACCCAAAGAUUGACAAUCGGAGACUUCCUAAACAAGGCAAAAUGAAAAAAAGGUCUUUGCAGAUGCCUUUAAUUGGUCAAAAGUGAUAAUUGAAGGGAUUAUUUUCGAAUAAAUCUAUUGUUUUUUUUCCUUUUUUUCUGGAAAAUCCUGCAUAGUAUACCUUUAUUAUUAUUAUUAUUAUUAGUGCGGGUUCCCAUUAGCCUUUCAGUCAUUUUGCCUUUGACUGCUAGCCUUCGGAAGACCAUAACUGUACGCAAUAAAAGUUUAACUGUGGCCUUUAUCCAUUAUACUUUGAGGACAUAUACAAUGAUCUUACAGCCUUGCACAGGUUAACACCAAGGCAAAAGUCUAUGAAGUAGAAAUUUAAACUAAAAAAGUCUGAUUUAAGGUAACUGACAUAUAAAACACGUGAAACCAAAUAUUACAAAUUCUUUGUUAUGUGGUCGAUCAUAUUAUUGUAAAUUGUCAGCUGCGCACUCAUGGCGUUGUAACUGUUAUUUAAUUUAUGUAAAUAGCCUUGUGCAUUGUGUAAAUGACACUUUGUAAUUUUUGUAAAUAUCAUACUUAAGAAUUUUUACUUCAUUCUGUUCAUAUGUUUGUAUACUGUAAACUUUUAAAUAUAACAGCUGCUAUUUUGUGUUAGUGAGUUGUUUUAUAUCUAUUUCUGAAUUUUGUAGCCUUUGUAUUAUUCCUAUUUUAAUAAACGACUUGACAUUA